CGGCGACGGCGAAGGGAGCCGGAGUCCGGCGCGGGGGAGGGAAUCCCGCCGCCCGGCCGAAGCCUCCGGCGCCCGCUGGGGACAGCCGGGCCGAGGAGCGAGAGGAGGGGCGAGCCGGGGCGGGGCGGCGCUUUGGCGGCGGCGGCAGAGCCAGAGGAGGAGUCCGCUGCCGCCCCGGUUUGCAGCGGGAGCCGCGACCGUCUCCUCCUCCGAGCAGCCCGGGCGACAACCAGCAGCAGCAGCAGCAGCAGGAGGGCGACCACCGAGAGGGGCGCGACGGCCGCCCCCCGCCCCAAAUCCCCGCGCCGUCUCCGGAGCAUCCUCGGCCGGCGCAGCUCCGACCCGCCGCCCGUCUGGCUCCGCGCAGAUCUGAGCGUCUGACGAUGCGCAUUCCAGGCUGAGCUCAGAGCGCACCUGGAGGGCUUUCCCUCCAGUGAACCUUGAGGAGUUGCUGGUGGCAGGCAGCGGCCUUCUCUUUUGGGGGUGAAACUCGGCUCAGCUUGCCCGGCCGGCUGCGGACGAAGAUGCUGUAUGCCAGUCUGUGAGCGCCACCUUCCCUCUUGGGAAGGGGACCGAUGCAAAGGACUUCCGUGGCCCUCUCCUACGCAAGAAAUCUCGUCCCUUCCUUCCGCAGCCUCACGGGCUCUUUCGUCUAAGGAGCCGCCCUUGGACCCACCUUCCUCCUGCAGGGUUUUGCUCUCCUCCCGUCUCAUGAGGAUUUGAGGGUGUCCCCAAGGGGCCCCCCCGCUUGACCGUGGGCCUGCCAUGGCGAAGUCGGUCUGUUUGCUGGUGCCUCUGGCAUUGCUGGUGGGCUUGGUCCUGGGCCCCGGAGCCGGGGGAGCAGCCUUGGAGUUUGGGGGGGCGCCGGGGCAGUGGGCUCGCUACGCCCGGUGGGAUGCCAGUUCCUCCGGGGAGCUGAGCUUCAGCAUCAAGACCAACGUGUCCCGCGCUCUAGUCUUGUACCUGGACGAUGGGGGCAACUGUGACUUCCUGGAACUCUUGAUCUUGGAGGGGCGUUUCCGGCUGCGCUUCACCAUCUCCUGCGCGGAGCCGGCCAGCCUGCACCUGGAGACCCCCGUCAAUGACGACCGCUGGCACAUGGUGCUCCUGACCCGCAACUCCCGGGAGACCAUGCUGGUGGUGGACGGCGAAGCCCGGGUGGCCGAAGUUAAGUCGAAGCGGCGUGACAUGGCGGUGGAUAGCGAUCUCUUUGUGGGCGGCAUCCCGCCGGACGUCCGCCUGUCGGCCCUGACGCUCAGCACGGUCAAGUACGAGAUGCCCUUCCGCGGGAUGGUGGCAAACCUCAAAGUGGGAGACAUGCCCCCCGCCCUCCUGGGGAGCCAGGGCAUCCGCAGCGACAUGGAGUAUCUGUGCGCCAAGCAGAACCCCUGCGUCAAUGGCGGGAUCUGCACGGUGGUCAACAGCGAAGUGCAGUGUGAUUGUCGCCUCACCGGCUUCCAGGGCAAGUUUUGCAGUGAAGAAGAGCUCACGAUGGAAGGUCCAGCUCAUCUGACACUAAACAGCCAAGGGAAAGAGGAAUUCGUGGCGACCUUCAAAGGGAACGAAUUCUUCUGCUACGACCUUUCGCACAACCCCAUCCAGAGCAGCACCGACGAGAUCACCCUCUCCUUCCGCACCCUCCAGCGCAACGGCCUGAUGCUCCACACCGGGAAGUCGGCCGACUACGUCAACCUCUCGCUCAAGAGCGGCGCCGUCUGGCUGGUGAUCAACCUGGGCUCCGGCGCCUUCGAGGCUCUGGUGGAGCCCGUGAACGGGAAGUUCAAUGACAACAACUGGCACGACAUCCGUGUGACUAGAAACCUGCGCCAGCACGCAGGAAUUGGACACGCUAUGGUAAACAAACUGCAUUAUCUGGUGACUAUCUCCGUGGACGGAAUCCUGACCACCACCGGAUACACCCAAGAGGACUAUACCAUGCUGGGCUCGGACGACUUCUUCUAUAUUGGAGGGAGUCCCAACACGGCGGACCUCCCGGGGUCUCCCGUCAGCAACAAUUUUAUGGGAUGCCUUAAGGAUGUGGUCUACAAGAAUAAUGACUUCAAACUGGAGUUGUCCCGCUUGGCCAAGGAAGGGGAUCCGAAGAUGAAGAUCAACGGUGACCUGGUCUUCCGUUGCGAGAAUGUCGCCGCCCUUGAUCCGGUCACCUUUGAGUCACCCGAGGCCUACAUUUCCCUGCCCAAGUGGAACACCAAGAAGACCGGCUCCAUCUCCUUUGACUUCCGGACCACCGAGCCCAACGGGCUUCUCCUCUUCAGCCAUGGCCGGCUACAGCCGCCGAAGGAGAGCCGAUCGGAGCGCGUGCACAAGGCCGAUUAUUUUGCCAUGGAGCUUCUGGACGGCUACCUGUACCUGCUGCUGGACAUGGGCUCCGGGGGCAUCAAAAUGCGGGCCAGCACCAAGAAAGUGAACGACGGGGAGUGGUGCCACGUGGACUUCCAGCGCGACGGGCGCAAGGGCUCCAUCUCGGUCAACAGCCGCAGCACGCCCUUCCUGGCCAGCGGGGACAGCGAGAUUUUGGACCUGGACAGCGAGAUGUACCUGGGGGGUCUUCCCGAGAACCGCCUGGACCUCAUCCUGCCCCCGGAGGUCUGGACGGCCUUCCUGAACUACGGCUACGUGGGUUGCGUGCGGGACCUCUUCAUCGACGGCAAGAGCCGGGACGUGCGCCGCUUGGCCGAGGUGCAGAGCGUCUCCGGGGUCUCCAGCUUCUGCUCCCGGGAGACCCUCAAGCAAUGCGGCAGCUCCCCCUGCCACAACGGGGGCCUGUGCCGGGAGGGCUGGAACCGCUUCAUCUGCGACUGCCUGGGCACCGGCUACCUGGGCCGGCUGUGCGAGAGAGAGGCCACGGUGCUAAGCUACGACGGGAGCAUGUACAUGAAAAUCAUGCUGCCCACGGUCAUGCACACCGAGGCCGAAGACGUGUCCCUCCGGUUCAUGUCGCAGCGGGCGUACGGCUUCAUGAUGGCCACCACUUCCAAGGAGUCGGCCGACACCCUCCGCCUGGAGCUGGACGGGGGACAGAUGAAGCUCACGGUCAACCUAGACUGUGUCAGGAUAGGCUGUAACCCUAGUAAAGGGCCAGAAACACUCUUUGCUGGCCACAAGCUCAACGACAACGAAUGGCACACCGUCCGGGUGGUCCGGCGUGGGAAGAACUUGCAGCUCUCUGUGGACAACGUCACCGUGGAAGCAGGGCAGAUGGCGGGCGCCCACACCCGCCUGGAGUUCCACAACAUCGAGACGGGCAUCAUGACGGAACGGCGGUUCAUCUCCAUGGUGCCCUCCAACUUCAUCGGCCACCUGAGCAGCCUGAUCUUCAACGGGAUGCCCUACAUGGACCUCUGCAAGAACGGCGACAUCAGCUACUGCGAGCUGAACGCCCGCUUUGGCCUGCGCAGCAUCAUCGCCGACCCGGUCACCUUCAAGAGCAAGGCCAGCUACCUGGCGCUGGCCACGCUGCAGGCCUACGCCUCCAUGCACCUCUUCUUCCAGUUCAAGACCACGGCCACCGACGGGCUCAUCCUCUUCAACAGCGGCAACGGCAACGACUUCAUCGUGGUGGAGCUCGUCAAAGGGUACAUCCACUACGUUUUCGACCUGGGCAACGGGCCGUCGCUGAUGAAGGGGAAUUCGGACAAGCCAGUGAACGACAACCAGUGGCACAACGUCAUUGUGUCCCGCGACACUAACAACGUCCACACGCUGAAGAUCGACUCGCGCACUGUCACACAGCACUCCAAUGGCGCCCGCAACCUGGACCUCAAAGGGGAGCUGUACAUCGGAGGCUUGAGCAAAAGCAUGUUCAACAACCUGCCCAAACUGGUUGCCUCUCGGGACGGUUUCCAGGGCUGCCUGGCCUCCGUGGACCUCAACGGCCGACUCCCAGACCUCAUCGCCGACGCCCUGCACCGGAUCGGGCACGUCGAGAGAGGCUGUGACGGCCCCAGCACCACCUGUACGGAGGACUCCUGCUCCAAUCAGGGCGUCUGCCUUCAGCAAUGGGACGGCUACACGUGUGACUGUACCAUGACCUCCUACGGCGGCCCGGUGUGCAAUGACCCUGGCACGACGUACAUUUUUGGCAAAGGCGGGGCACUGAUUACCUAUAUUUGGCCCCCGAAUGACCGUCCCAGCACACGGGCUGACCGGCUGGCCGUGGGAUUCAGUACGCACCAGAAGAACGCAAUCCUGGUGCGGGUGGACAGUGCCUCUGGACUCGGCGACUACUUACAGCUGCACAUAGACCAGGGGACUGUGGGAGUCAUUUUCAAUGUGGGCACGGACGACAUCACGAUCGAGGAGAGCAACGCCAUGGUGAACGACGGCAAGUACCACGUGGUCCGUUUCACCCGGAGCGGCGGCAACGCAACGCUGCAGGUGGACAACUGGCCCAUCAACGAACGAUACCCGGCAGGGAACACUGAUAAUGAACGGCUGGCGAUUGCUAGACAAAGAAUACCGUAUCGACUCGGUCGAGUAGUAGAUGAAUGGCUACUCGACAAAGGUCGCCAGCUGACCAUCUUCAACAGCCAGGCCGCCAUCAAAAUCGGGGGCCGCGACCAGGGCCGCCCCUUCCAGGGCCAGGUCUCGGGGCUGUACUACAACGGGCUCAAGGUCCUCUCCUUGGCCGCCGAGAGCGACCCCAACGUGAAGGUGGAGGGCAACCUGCGGCUGGUGGGCGAGGUGCCGUCCGUCAUGACCACCGAGACCACGGCCACCACCUUGCUGGCGGACAUGUCCACCACCAUCAUGGAGACCACCACCACCAUGGCCACCACCACCACGCGGCGUGGCCGUUCGCCCACCAUGCGGGACAGCAUCACUCAGAAUUCAGACGACCUGCUGGUGGCUUCGGCCGAGUGUCCCAGCGAUGACGAGGACCUGGAGGAGUGUGAGCCGAGUACCGGAGGUGAAUUAGUCUUGCCCAUAAUAACCGAAGACUCGCUAGACACCCCUCCAAUCGCCACGCGCUCUCCUUUUAUUCCCCUGCCUCCCACCUUUGGCCCCUUCCUAACCGUAAUUGAGACCACCAAAGAUACAAUCUCCCUCCCGGCUCAGCCGAAGCCCCCCUGCCUGGCCGAACAAGACGACAGCGACUGCGAGGAAGGCAUCGAGGCCUCGGGGUACGCCUCCGGGGAGGUCUUCGACUCCAGCCUGCCCCCCACCGACGACGAAGACUUUUACACCACCUUCCCCCUGGUCACCGAUAGGACCCCGAUGGGCCGCCCUGAGGCAGGAGCUGCCAAAAAGCCCCACGGAUACCGCCCCAACCUUAGGACAGGAUUGCCGGGAUCUCCCUCCGGCCCAGACCUCCUCACCUCCUCCUCCACCACCUCUCCCACCCUGCUCCACCGCAUCCCCGCCGGCAAAAUGAACAACCGGGAGCCCUUCCGGCCCCACCCCGAACACUUCCCCCCUCUGGCCACUUCCUUCGAGCCCGACAAGCUCAACCGGCCCAAGUACCCCGUGAUAACCUCUUCCCCCGAUUUCCACAAUCUGCCCACAGCUAACCCCACCGACCCCGGGGAGAGGGGUCCCCCCGGCGCCGUGGAGGUCAUCCGGGAGUCCAGCAGCACCACCGGCAUGGUGGUGGGCAUCGUGGCGGCCGCCGCCCUUUGCAUCCUCAUCCUCCUCUACGCCAUGUACAAGUACCGCAACCGGGACGAAGGCUCCUACCAGGUGGACCAGAGCCGCAACUACAUCAGCAACUCGGCGCAGAGCAACGGCACGGUGGUCAAGGAGAAGCCGGCCGCGGCCCCCAAAACGGCCAGCAAAAGCAAGAAAAACAAAGACAAGGAAUAUUAUGUCUGAGGCCCCCCCCUGUCCUGCCCCCCCCAGAUCCCUGCGUGCACCAGAGAGAGACCCACACCCGAAGGCAGCACGCAGUGAGACUAUCCAGACAUGCAUCUCUUUCCCCCCCCCCUCAAAAAAACUUUUCUGGAGAGGAGACCUGCCCCAAUUGCCUCUCUGCCUCCUCCUCUUCCAGGGGAGGCAGCCGCUGUUCCAAACGGGCCCCGUGUCGCCCACCCUUUUGGGUUUGCUCAUCUUGUUCUCCUUUUGCGCCCUCCCCUCGCAGGAAGACACCCCCCCCAAACAAGCAACAAUAGAGAGAAAGACGGUGGAGGCGAGAAGCUUACAGGGCCCCCAAUCCCCUCCUUCCACCCUUGACCUCCCAACCCUGUAGGGUCAUCGUUGUCGUUCUUCCCCUAGGCAGACUUUAAAGGCAAGUGGAGCCUCCCCCCCCCGUUUGAAGGAGGGGCUGCCACUCGGCCGGAAGAGGGAUGGAUGGUGCCUGGACCGCACGAGGAGGCUUAAAAAGGGGUGGGGGGCCCAGAAACACAUACACACAUACACCCAGGUGGGACUACAGCCGGGAUGAUGCUUAGCCAGCCCCAGGCAGGCAGGCGGGCGGAUCGCGGUGCUCCCCCUCGGCAGAGCUUGGGCCCUUGAUGGAGGUGGAAGAAAUGGGGGUCCCUCCCUCCCUCUGACCACAACCCAACCACCCCCACCUACUCUGAAACAAAUCCCCAGCCAGACCCAGGUCCGAUGCCCGGACUGGUCAAAUGAGAAGGGGGACAGAGACCCCAAAUCCACCUCCUUGUCCUCCCUCUUCAAAAUGUGCCCUGGUUUAACCCCAGGCCUGGCCUGGCCAGCAGCCCCCCACCCCACCCCACCUUCUUCUCAUCCUUUAAGCUUUGAUUUCCUGGGAGGGCAGCCGAGAAGUGCCAAGAGAAAGCCAGGCACCAGAGCGAUGGCGGCCCAACCUCUCCCUGGGGGACACUCCUGAUCCCCCAAAAUCAACCGGAGGGUCCCGACUUGUUCCCCAAAAACGGGGCAGUUCCAAAUCAGUCUGGUUUUUUUUUUAAUAUAUUAAAAAGGGGGGGGGAUUUCUAAUAGGUUUGACGCCCAUAACUCCAUGCCAUUGUGAACCACGUCGGGGUGGCGCUGUGUCCCUCGUAGCCGAGCGGGACCGACGUUGCCCCGAGUUUUGUUUUGCGUUCGGAAGGAUUUCGACGCCCCGCCGUCAUCGGCCAUGCCUCCCGCCGUCGUCCUUCCUCCGUCUCCCUUCGGAAACAAGGUGCUAUAUUGUGUUCCUUUCUUUCCAAACGGUGUUAAAAGAAACGAGAAUGUCA